AUUUCCUCCCAAACCCUUAACCAGAAACUCAUCUUCAUACCACAUACACCAUCACCUCAAAAUUCUUUCUCAUUUAAAAGAGAUGGCUCUGAUUCAAGACCUCUCUUGCAUCUUGUCAUGUCUGAUGAUGAAAACCCCUGCUUUUUACACUUCUCUUGUGGUAGAUAGCUAGCUCCAGUAUCAGCAUCUGAUCCAGCAGAACACAGAUCAGAAGAGAGCGCAGCAGUUCCUUAAAAGCACAAAGGAAGCAUUGGGAGGAAAUAGGUCGCUUGUUCUUGUGUGUAUACGGUUAUUACUAGAAGAGAAAUUAAAUGAAUCCAGUAACAUCGCACGGCCGUUCUCUUCCACCUCCUUUCCUCACCAGAGAUCUUCACUUGAAUCCACACCAUCAGUUUCAGCAACACCAACAGCAAAACUCUGAGGAUGAAGAGAGCCGUGGCCAGAAACGAGAUCGCGAUGAAGCCGCCACCACCAACCCAAACACUGCUGCUACCGAUGGAACCGAUGGUAAAGAACUAGCUAUAGCUUCCGGGGAAGGAGAAAUGACGAGAAGGCCACGAGGCAGACCCCCAGGCUCCAAGAACAAGCCCAAGCCGCCAAUCAUCAUUACACGGGACAGCCCCAAUGCCCUCCGAUCCCAUGUGAUAGAAAUCGCCAACGGCUGUGAUAUCAUGGAUAGUGUAUCCACUUUUGCUCGGAGGAGGCAGAGAGGGGUUUGCAUUCUAAGCGGGACAGGAACGGUGACGAACGUAACCUUGAGGCAGCCGGCGGCGCCUGGUGCAGUCAUGACCUUGCACGGUAGAUUCGAAAUCCUGUCACUGUCUGGGUCAUUCUUACCUCCCCCAGCACCACCUGCCGCAUCCGCUUUGACCAUUUAUCUGGCGGGCGGUCAAGGACAGGUGGUUGGUGGAGGUGUCGUGGGUCCACUUUUAGCAGCUGGUCCGGUGGUGAUUAUGGCGGCUUCUUUUGCGAAUGCGGCUUACGAAAGACUUCCAUUGGAAGAGGAGGAGCAACCCGACCAGGCAAUGCCAGGAAGUGGGCCGUUAGGGUCUCCGGGAGUCCCUGGACAACAGCAGCAGCAACAACAACAGCUAAUGCAAGAUCCUAAUGCAUCUUUCACUCAAGGAUUACCUCCUAAUCUUCUAAAUUCAGUGCAGUUACCGGCGGAGGCCUUUUGGGGCACAGCUCGCCCUCCUUUUUAACAUAAGUGAAUUUCUCCUGUUAGUUUCAGCUUCUUUUUUUUGUUCGGUUCAUCACCUUUCAUUCUUCUUCUAUAAUUAUAAGGUAGUCUUGGAUUCCCCUAGAGCUUUUAAGUGAAGAAGGAUGUACAAAUUUCAUGGAUUUCUGGUGUUUAUUUUUUUUCCUUUUAUAAAAAUUAUAGCCUCCU